AUGAGCACUCCCUGGGCCAGUGCAAUCAGCGCCACUUUACGCGACCGUUUGCCAGACCGCCAACGCCAAACAACAGCACUACCACACACUCCGCCAACCAGACAUAUCUCCUCCGCCCACUCCUCACCAGGCUCUUCGCUCUUUCGCACCGAGGAUGACCCAAUAAUCAUCGAGCUCGAUCCACGCUACGUCCUCGUUGGCUUUCAGGGCGAAAGUGGGCCGCAGUGUUGCUUGCGCUUCACCCCCGAGACCAAUCGACGCGUUGGUGACUACAGGAGUUAUCUGCCAGGCUACAGUCGGAGGAAGGAAGAUGUUAAGACAAAGAGCAGCGAGUAUGAGCUCUGGAGGGCGGACCUGAGAGAUGUGGACCUCGGCCUGGUUGAGGACAAACUUGAGCGGGCGGUAAGAGAAGCCCAUAACAAAUACCUGCUCGUGGAUGCGGGAAUAGUAAGGCUCAUCCUGGUGCUACCGAGCUUGGUGCCACUUCCUGUAUUGGACACAGUCUUGAGGCUGUGCUUUGAGAAGUUCAAGUAUUCAUCCAUUACCCUCCUUCCUACGCCUGCGAUGACCGUUGCGUCGGCUGGGUUACGGUCCGGUCUGGUAAUCGACAUUGGCUGGGAGGAGACAGUGGUCACAUCCAUCUAUGAGUUUCGUGAGGUUCACGUCAGAAGGAGUACUAGAGCCAUGAAGUUGCUAGUGUGGAAGAUCGCCGAAUUUCUUGAGACGGUCAGACUCCAGCAGAAUGACUCGAUAAAAGACUUGUUACGGCUAGAUUUUGAUUUCGUGGAGGAGUUCAUUCUUCGUGCGGGAGCAUGUCAUGCAUUGGUUCCCACAGAAGAGGAAGAUCUUGAGCAAAAGACGGCUUCGAUAGAUCUGGUGAAGGACGGUGCCAAGCCAGCGACAGAUGGUGCUUCACAAACCUUUGCCGUUGACUGGCCCACCAGUACUUCCGUCCAUAGAGUGCUGAUAUCGCGAAGAGCUCUCCAAACCGCAUGCCUGGAUGCGUUUACUGGAUCUCAAGAUGACAACCACCCGGACGAUCACGAACAACCAAUCGACUUAUUGAUCUACACGAGUUUACUUUCAAUUUCGUCAGAUGUGCGGAGUAUCUGCAUUUCUCGCAUUAUUUUUUCUGGCAGACAAGCAUCCAGCAUUCGAGGCUUAUCCCAAUACGUUCUUCGCUCUGUGGGUAGUUUGAUGAAGCAGUACGGCUGGACAGCCGUGCGUGGCAAGAAUAUCAACUCCAAGAGGAGUGGUCUCAGCGAGCUCGCACACGGUAGAGCUACUCCUGCUGAUGCCCGGUAUCAUUCCACAAUUCCCGCUGAAGGUGUACCAUGGGAAGACCAACUCCUCCGCCAGAAGGCAAAAUCAAAUGUGACUGCGGCACUCCAGCAGGUGGAGUCAUUAGGCCCUUGGGCUGCCGCCAGCCUCGUCUCAAGCUUGAAGGCGAAAUCAUUUGUUGAAAUUGAGAGGGAAAAGUUUCUUACUCAUGGCUUGAAUGGUGCUCAUCGUGAAGUGGACCAUGCGGCAGUUACGCAACGAGCCAUAACGUCCAAGCCAGGCGAAAAGGUCAAUUGGACUUUGGCAGGAUGGGGCUGA